AUGGAUGACAACUGGGGUACAGGGGUGAUCCCCGCCUUAAGCGAUGCCUUACGAGAUGUCGAGGCAAAAAUUGUUUUCAAAGCUGCAGUCUCACCCAGGGCCGCUAUAUCCGCUAUGCAAAGGCUUCUUCAGGACGAGGUGAUGAAGCUGGAGUCUCGAGUGUUCAUUAUGCAUUUGCAUCCUGAUUUGGCUAUAAGCCUGUUUUCCGAGGCGUACAAAUUAGGAAUAAUAAGCAGUGAUUAUGUAUGGGUUAUUACCGACGGAUUGGCCAGCCUAUUGAAUUCCAUCAACGCUACUUCUCUGCUCUCUAUGAAUGGCGUGUUGGGGAUAAAAAUAAAACUCACACAAACCGACGAGUCAAGGCUGAAUGCAUUGGCUAAAGGAUGGAAGCAGCGGUUUAAAGCCCAGAAUCCUACAAUACCGAGCCUGGAAUUAAAUUCCCGCGCUCUUGUUGCAUAUGAUACAGUGUGCGCAAUUGCUAUUGUAAUCGAUAACCUCCUGCGUAUGGAGUUAUUUAAUGGCAGUUUCUCAGAGGCCUCCAGCAGCACCAAUUAUGAGGUCAUUGGGUUGUGGAUAGAAAAUGGCCUCAAUAUUGCUUAUAAAAUAGUAGUUAAUUCGGGCGGUGGAUCGAGAAAGACGCCACGUGGAUGGGUGAAACCUGUGCCAGACCAGAAACUGAAAAUAGCGGUGCCUUGGCGACCAGGGUUUCAACAAUUGGUCAGCGUAAAACCUGUUCAUGCCAACACAGAUGCACAAAAUCAGACUAAUGAGAUUACAGGCUUCUGUAAUGAUGUGUUUAAAGCAGUGCUUAGGAGAUUGGAUUAUGAAUUGCUCCAUGAGUUGAUACCUUAUGGAUUUGGCAAUGCCACUGCAGGCUACUCCGAUGACCUCGUGUACCAGGUCUAUCUGCAGGUUUUCCUUUUCCACGCUCUUCAUGACUCAAAGAUGGGAGAGGAUUAUUUUGUAUUAGUGUCUAGUUACACCGCCAGCCUGUCUGCGAUACUUACUGAGAGACAAAUUGUACCAAAAGUUGAGAGCCUUGAAUCUCUAAUCACCCAAAAUUUGCGAAUCGGGUACUCCCAGGGAUCCUUCAUAGGCAAGUAUUUGGAAAAACAACUUGGUGUGAGUGAAAAUGUUCUUCGCCCAUAUUCAUCUGUACAAGAGUACGCCAUUGCGCUGAAGAAGGGACCCCGAUGCCAUGACUAUGCCAGACUUGGUCCCACGUACAAAACAGGAGGUUACAGAUUUGUGUUCCAAAAAGGGUUUCCGUUGGUUUCAGACAUUUCCAAGGCUAUAUUAAAUCUUUCAGAAAGCAAAGAUAUGCAACAAAUUAGAGAGAAGUGGUUCAAUUCAAGUGAAAGCAUAUGCAACGUGGUGUCUAAUGGAGUGGAAUCAAACAGAUUGAGCCUCAAAGUCUUUAUGGAUAUAUUUGUUUUGACAGGAUGUGUGUCACUUGUCACUCUCAUCUACUAUUUGCGUCAUCUCCUUUACCGAUUUGUGCAGAAAAAUGAGAAUUCAUCUCAUAUCAAAUCCAUCUCCACUCGAUUGCAGACGUUUGCCAAUUACGCAGACAAGAAGGAGAUCCCACCACCGAAAAGAAAGAGAUAUGAAACUGCCAUGUUUUCAUCUGUAGCUACCGCUUCAACCUCCCCUGAAAUUUUCGUUUUAAUAAGCUAA